AUGGGUCGUGCAGCUCAGUUACCAGUCAACCUUUUGACAUCUAUGCAGCUUGAUGGACGUUCUUCAUCUGUGCAUGUUUUGUAUUUUGAGAUCGCAUGUAGGUACGAACGGUUGUUGGCUGCUCGUCCGCAACCUGUAAUACCCCAAGUUGCUGCUGCAUUCCUUGAUGAAAGGGGUAUCGCAUUCCGUGUUGCUCGCGUACGUACACGCAUCGUCUAUCUAUUCUGUCGGUUCGUCAAAGCACACAAAACCGUGCUAAGCCCUCUAGUGUCCGAAGUCAUCACGCGUCUAGCUCCUUUGCUAGCUAUGUCGCCGCAAUCCGACCAAAUGUUGACGGCAGAUGAUCAAGCCUUCAUAUUUGAGGCUACCGGCACAUUGAUCGUAUUUGGUGAACUGGGAGUAGAGCAAAAGGCGUUGUACAUUGGAGAACUGGCCAGCAAGCUUGGAGAGCGGUUUUUGACUGCUGUUACAGAACUGGAAGCAGCGAAAACGGCCAAUGAUGCAGCGAAAAUACAGAUAAUCCAGCAGUACAUGACUAAUAUUGUGGGAUACUGCAGGUGAGA